AUACAGUGGAAAAAGAAAACACUUCAAUAAAUGGUACUGGUUCAACUGGUAGCCUGUGUUAUCGAAAAAUGAAAAUAGAUCCAUAUUUAUCACCUUGCACAAAGAUCCAGUCCACGUAGAUCAAUGACCUAAACCUAAAACCAGAUACACUGAAUCUAAUAAAAGAGAAAAAUAGAAAAAAGCCUCGAAUUCAUUGGCACAAAAUAAAUAAAAACAAAUAUUUUUAAAACAUUUUUAUACAAAGGAGAGGCUGGGGAGAUGGCUCACUGGUUAAAACCACUUCCUGCCUUUCCAAAGGUCCCAGGUUUAUACUAUCUGUAACUCUUGUUUUAGGGGAUUUUACAGUCUGCAUGGGGACCUACAAAAGAGAUUAUUAUUCAACAACAAAAAAUGAGUUACCAAUCUACAGAAAGCCAUUGAGAAACUUAUGUGCACAUAUGUAAGUCAUAGAAGCUAUGCUGAAAAAAAUCCAAUAUUGUAAAAUUCUGAUUAUGACAUUCUUGGAAAAUAUAAAAGUAUGAGGGCAGAAAAAUUAUGAGUGAAUUCCAAAAAUUCUAAUGACAAUGAGAAAGGUAGGUUUACAGGAUGGGGAUGGGGAAAAACAGUGAAACUACAAUAUUCUAAAAAUGUAUGCAUGUAGGAUUAACUUUAUCCAUGCCCAUGGACUGUGUAGGACAGAGAAGUAACCUGAAUUUAAAAUAUGGACUCAGUGGUAAACAAGUAGGCUCAUAAAUUGUAACAAAUACACUAGUGUGACAGGGGUUCCUAUAAUGAGGAAGGUUGCACAUGGAGUGGACAGGGUAUGUUAGAUUUAUCUGCAUUUCCCAGUCAUUUUCUGUGAUUUUAAAACUAUUAAUUAAAAGUAGAUUAAAAAAAAAAAGACUUUCUUAUCAACAAAAUCUGUGAUGAAUCUGGAGUAAUGAAGACAACAGUGUCGAACAUGAUCUUCAGAGAAGACUGGAACACUGGGCCAAACCUGUAACCACCCUGAUUUAGGACAUGGAUAUCCUCUCAGGAGGAGUGCAUCACCUUUGUAGUGUGUAACAUGAUGUAUUGGAAUUUGGAAACCAAAACCUCCAACUUAAUUCAUCCAAAACAUAUUUUAAGUCUAUAAUAUGUCUGUGUCUGAGAAGGAAACUUUCAAAACAUACACAUAUUUUUAAUGAACUGGACUUACGGAAACUUAAAAGUACUAAACAAAAUUGAAAAGUAUUACCAAACCAAACAAACACAACUAAGAUGUUUUAUUGAUUAAAAUAUCAUCAAAAUUCAAGGCAUAGAGUGGAAAAUAUUUGAGCACAUAUAUCUGAAAAAGAAAUUAUCCCCAGAAUAUACAAGAUACUUCUUCAAACCAACAUGCCAACAAACAGAAGCCCCACAUCAGAAGAUAGAGUAGAUAGAUAUAGAUAUAGAUAUAGAUGAUAUAGAUUAUAGAUAUAGAAUGACUAAACAAGCAUCUAGAAGACAGUAACAUGAUGGACAGUAAACAUGAAAAUGUACAAAACAGACAAAUGCUAAUUAAAUUUACUCUGUUAAGUCACAAUACAAUCAUUAAUGUUCUAAAAAUUCAGAUGACAACACUAAGUGCUGGCAGAGAUGUGGAGCAACCGGAACUCUCAGGCUUCGAUGGUUUUAGUACCACUACACAUGAGGAAUGUCUAUUCUUUGGAGAACUACAGUAACCAAACCAUGGCAGGCCAGGAUCUCUUGGAACUUGGCCUAUUUUUAUUAUUGUCUGAGCUGAGCUAAAUAACGUUUAAAAAAUUCAAUGAGUUACACAAUUGUGACUUUUUUCUUCUUUCUGAAUGUAUGGAUAUUUCAAGACAAAUAUAAAAAUCAUAAAAAUAAUUUUUCUACAUAUUGUUUAUGUUUACCUUCGUUAUUAAAAUCAAAUUAUAAACCUAUGGAAGAAGGUGGAUUCAACUCCUCAGGACACUUACCGGGAAAAAAAGAAUGGCAUCUUAUUUGUUUUAAAAUGUAUUCUUACACUCAAAACUUAAUUCAGCAAAAUCAUAUUAGACUUUCAGUUGAUGAAAACUGAGCUUGGAAUGCAGGCCGUGUGUGUAAACUGAAAGGAUACUGAAACACAUCAAGUUUUAAAUUUGAAAUGAAACCACAGAAUGAUGUGCAAUAGCAAAUAAGGACACUUGGUGGCGCUGCAGGAUUAAGAGUGUCAUGAAUGAGCUCUGCAGCCGCCCAGGAAGCCAUCUCAUUAAGCAGAGAAGCAGUUUGAAGAGGGUAAUAAAUUAGGGUUUAUGGAAGAAUCUAGGAAGAAAACAUCUUCCUAAUCGGAUUUACUCCAAUAUCUUCGCGGACACUCAGGAGUGGACAGUAACCAAUCUGAAGAAGCAGCCCCCUGUGGACUGAAUCUGCACAAUGGAGACAGCCCAAGCAAAAAUGCCCCAGCAAAGGCAAGUCGUUUUUCUUACUAUAUUGUUGCUAUUGUGUAAGGCUGGCUCUGAGGCAAUUAGAUAUUCCAUGCCAGAAGAAACGGAAAUUGGUUACUUGGUGGCUAACCUGGCAAAAGAUCUGGGGUUCAAGGUAGGGAAACUGGCCACUAGAGGAGCUCAAAUCCAUUACAAAGGAAACAAAGAGCUCUUGGAGCUGGAUGCAGAGACUGGGAAUUUGUUCUUAAAGGAAAAACUAGACCGGGAGGUACUUUGUGGGGCAACAGAACCCUGUAUACUGCACUUCCAGAUCAUACUGGAAAACCCUGUGCAGUUCUUCCAAAUUGAACUGCAACUCACUGAUAUAAAUGACCACUCUCCAGAGUUCCCUGACAGGAAAAUGCUUCUAAAAAUCCCUGAGAAUGCCCAGCCAGGGACCCUGUUUGCUCUGAAGGCAGCUCAGGACCCUGACACAGGGAGCAACACUGUUCAGAACUACACUGUCAGUCCCAACCUCCAUUUCCAUGUCGUUACUCACAGUCGCACAGAUGGCAGGAAAUACCCAGAGCUGGUGCUGGACAGAGCUCUGGACAGGGAGGAGCAGCCUGAGCUCACUUUAACCCUCACUGCUCUGGAUGGUGGAGCUCCGCCUCAGUCAGGAACCACCACAAUUCACAUUGAAGUUGUGGACAUCAAUGAUAACGCCCCCCAGUUUAUACAAUCACUCUAUGAGGUGCAGAUUCUCGAAAAUAGCCCGCUUGGUGCCUUAGUUGUCACAGUCUCUGCAAGAGAUUUAGAUACUGGGACAUAUGGCAAUGUAGCCUACUCUCUGUUUCAAGGCGAUGGAGUAUCUCAACCAUUUGUAAUAGACGCAGUUACCGGAGAAAUCCGUCUGAGCAAAGAGCUGGAUUUUGAGGAAAUUAGCCAUUAUAACAUAGAGAUCACAGCCACUGAUGGAGGAGACCUUUCAGGAAAAUGCACUGUGACUGUACAGGUGUUGGAUGUGAAUGACAACCCCCCAGAGCUGACGAUCAGGAAGCUCACAGUCCCUGUCCCAGAAAAUUCAGCCGAGAGUGUAGUUGCUGUUUUUAGUGUUUCUGAUUCAGAUUCGGGGGAAAAUGGAAGGAUAGUGUGUUCUAUCCAGAACAAUAUCCCAUUUCUCCUGAAACCCACAUUUGAGAAUUAUUACACUUUAGUGACUGAGGGGCCACUUGAUAGAGAAAGCAGAGCUGAGUACAACAUCACCAUCAUGGUCUCAGAUCUGGGCACACCCAGGCUCACAACCCAGCACACCAUUACAGUGCAGGUGUCAGACAUCAACGACAACGCCCCCGUCUUCGCCCAAGUUUCCUAUACCCUAUUUGUGCAAGAGAACAACAGCCCAGCCUUGCACAUAGGCACCAUCAGUGCCACAGACUCAGACUCAGGCUCCAAUGCCCACAUCACCUACUCGCUGCUGCCGCCCCAAGACCAGCAGCUGGACCUCGCCUCGCUAAUCUCCAUUAACCCUGACAAUGGGCAGCUGUUCGUGCUCAGGGCUCUGGACUACGAAGCCCUGCAGGCCUACGAGUUCCGCGUGGGCGCCACAGACCGAGGCUCACCGGCGCUCAGCAGUGAGACUCUGGUGCGGGUGGUGGUGCUGGACGACAAUGACAAUGCGCCCUUCGUGCUCUACCCAUUGCAGAAUGCUUCUGCACCCUGCACGGAGCUGCUACCCAGGGAGGCGGAGUCUGGUUACCUGGUCACCAAGGUGGUGGCUGUGGAUCGCGACUCUGGCCAGAAUGCCUGGCUGUCAUUCCAGCUACUCAAGGCUACAGAGCCCGGACUGUUUAGUGUGUGGGCGCACAAUGGGGAGGUGCGCACCACCAGGCUGCUGAGCGAGCGCGAUGCACCCAAGCACAGGCUGCUGCUGCUGGUCAAGGACAAUGGCGACCCUCCACGCUCUACCAGUGUUACACUGCAAGUGCUGUUGGUGAAUAGUUUCUCUCAGCCCUACCUGCCUCUGCCUGACGUGGCGCACGACCCCAUUCAUGGGGAUGAAGAGGUGCUCACGCUGUACCUGGUCAUUGCCUUGGCUUCUGUUUCUUCACUCUUUCUCUUGUCUAUCCUUAUGUUUGUGGGAAUGAGGCUGUGCAGGAGGGCCAGAGCGGCUUCUCUGGGUGUCUGCUCUGUGCCUGAGGGGCACUUACCUGGCCACCUGAUGGAUGUCAGUGGUAUGGAGAGUCUGUCCCAGAGCUACCAGUAUGAGGUGUGUCUAUCAGGAGACUCUAGGACUGGUGAGUUCAAAUUCCUCAAACCUAUGAUUCCCAAUGUAAUGGUUCAGGAUGCUGGGAGAGACAUGAAGGCAAGUGCCCCCUGCAGGGAUAGCUUUGUAUUCAGUUAACUGUUGUGUUUGUUUCCGUGAAUUUGUUUUUGGCAAAUCUAUUGCCAUAUGGCUCUCGUAGGAAAACAAAUCAUUUUCUAAGUAUUGACACUGUAAUCAAAGCAUAUGCAUGUCCUCCAUACUAAAAUUGUUUUUUCUUCUUUCAUUCUUGGUAUCCACUGUAAUUACCUUUUCAGGCAUAAUGAAUAUUAAGAAUUUGCAAAACACAAUUCCUGUAUAUUACAACUUACAUUUUACUUUAACUCAAGUAUUACACAACAAAAUUUAUUUUACUUUACCUGAUUGUGGGUUGUUUGUUUGUUUGUUUGAUUGAUUGGGUGGGUGGAUGGGCGGGUGGUUGGUGUUUUGUUUUGUUUUAAGACAGGGUCUCACUAUGUAGCUCUGGCUAGUGUACAACUCACUGUAAUCAAACUGAUACACACCUAUUUGUCCCAGUCUCCCAAGGUCCAAUACUUUUUGGCACAUAAUUUCAAGUUUCUAUGGCUAGGGUGUUUGCAUCUUUUUCACUUUUUUUUCCAAGACAAGGUUUCUCUGAGUAACCCUGGCUGUCCUGGAACUCACUCUGUAGACCAGGCUGGCCUCGAACUCAGAAAUCCACCUGCCUCUGCCUCCCAAGUGCCGGGAUUAAAGGCGUGCACCACCACUGCCUGGCCAUCUCUUUCACUUUAUGUUAUGCUAUUGUGUAUUAAACAUAAGAACUCUUAUAUGCUAACUAUACAUUCUAUUAGUGAGCUUCACUCACAGCUGAAAUCCCUUUUACUCUUAAUAUCUAUGAACAUGUUUGUCUUCUGAACUAUAAGCAAUCUCUGCAUAAAGACAUUUGAGUUGUGAACUUUUUAUUCUUAUAAGAACCAUAUAUGCUAGAAGUUACCUGCAUUAUUUUGCUCACCAUAUACCUAGCACAUUGGUUUAUGGAUUAUAUUAAAAUUUAAAAUCUCAUUUGUAAACACUAGAGAGGUAACAAAUCAUUCUUCAUCUCUGUCAUAAAUAAAAGUGUUAAGACUCUAAGAGUGUAAUCAGUGGUAGACCAUGCAUGUCUGUCAGGCACUAGAUACAUUUCUAAGUAAUAAAAUAAUGCAAACAAACUAACAAACAACCAAAUCCUAUUAAAUGAUUGCUUGACACAAUCUGAAUAACAUAAGUAACCACUGAAGUUCCUCCAAAGAAUCAUGACUUUAAUUGUCUCAUUCUGUUGAGCAAUCACUCUUUGUUCAUCCUUGUAUUUCAGAAAUAAAAGUGUAAAUGUAGCCUUUGUGGGUCUUGUGUUAAUCUCAUUUGUCAACGUGAGAUCUAGAACUUCUGGGCACACCAGAACAACAUCAUCUUGCUUAUGUUCAUUGAGGUGGGAAGUCCAGCUAUGGAAGACCAUUGUGGGUAGCACCAUUCGCUGCACUGGGAUCCUGGACUAUAUGAAGUGUUAUGAACACAAAUGUUUGUUGCUUUCUUCUUCCUGCUGGAAGCAGUGUGACCAGUUGCUUCAAGCUCCUGUAUUUCACCUUCCCUAUCAUGAUGUAAUUUUGAACUGAGAGCCAAAACAGACCUUUCCAAAAUUUGCUUUUGUUGUGAUAUUUUAUCCUUUAAAUAGGAAAAGUAACUGAGUCAACUGUAUGGUUGCAUGGCACUGGAUAACAUACCCAGGAACCAUACAUUCUAAGCAUGCUACUCACUGUGGCCCUGUCUCUGGUUUAUAUCAACACACAUCUCCUUUGGUUUCCCUGCAGCUUCUCUUCACCUUUCAAAAGACCCAGGGAAUUUCUGGAAACUCUGUCUGAUUCUUGUUAUUAGUUCUCAAAAUUUUCACUUUAUAUAGUUUUGUAGAUAUAGAAAGCAAAACAAUUUGUUGUGAUAUUUAACUGUCUCCUGCUUUGUUAUUUGGUGUAAUGUUGAAGCACUUUCAGUUAAUUUAAAUUUUCAAUUUUGCUGACUGUUGCACUCUACAAAAAUGAUUGGUUCUUAAUUAUUUUGAACUAUAAUGAAUGUAACAAAUUACUUAUAUCCAAUGACUUAAAGAAGCUUAUUAUAUGAUUUCCAACUAGUUAAGGUUUUGUGGAUACAACUGCUAAAAAAAAAACUGUUGAAGUUUUCGCAGAAUAUGAAUACUUGAAGAGCUUGGUUUAUAAUCUACCAUCUACAUUUGUAUGUGUUGCUUUUUAGUUGGUAUGCACUUAUUGACAAAGAAAUGGCUUUCCCAGUGAAUCUUUCAUUCAUGUACAUAAACAUUGAUCAUGUUUAAUCUUUAUUUGCUUUUAAAUCCCAAGUGUCAUUCCUCUGGAGUUUAAGUAUUUGCAAACUUCCCUAAAUUUUUGUUUUCCUCCUAAGGAUGUAAAGAAAUAAAAAAAGGAAAAUUCCUAAUGAU